GAAACAAAAAAGAUGGUUCUUUUCAUUCCACAAUUUCAUGAAUACUACUCUGUCAUGUUAGUCUGUCACCACACCCCCACCCCACUUUCCUUGUUCCUUUCCAACUCUUUUCAUUUCAUUUCACCCCCUUAAACAAUCUCUCUCGGUAGCUUCUCCACAGGCACAGGAUAUUACAACUUUCAGGAAACAUGGGAGUUUGUUUAAGCGCUCAAAUCAAAGCUGAAACUCCUUAUAACACUGGGUUAAAUUCAAAGAACUCAGCUUCAACUGGAAAUGAUCUGAGUAGCUUAAAUAGCAAGGUUUCAGCUGCAUCAGUGCCUCAGACUCCUCGAAGCGAAGGUGAAAUCUUGCAGUCAUCCAAAUUAAAGAGCUAUACCUUAGCAGAACUUAAGUCAGCCACUAGAAAUUUUCGUCCGGAUAGUGUUUUAGGAGAAGGUGGUUUUGGAUCAGUUUUUAAGGGUUGGAUUGAUGAGAAUUCGUUGGCUGCUGCUAAACCUGGUACUGGAAUUGUUAUUGCUGUUAAAAGACUUAAUCUAGAAAGCUUCCAAGGUCACAGAGAGUGGUUGGCCGAAGUCAACUAUCUUGGACAAUUUUCUCAUCCUCAUCUGGUGAAAUUGAUUGGCUAUUGCCUUGAAGAUGAACACCGCCUUCUUGCCUAUGAGUUUAUGCCCCGUGGAAGCUUGGAGAAUCACUUGUUCAGGAGUGAGCUACUAUUCCUUUCCCAUAUUUUACCUAAAUUUUUAACUUCGGAAGAUGUUUGUUUAACAUUGGGAAUAUUAAUGAAAUUCAAAACAGGAGGAUCGUAUUUUCAACCUCUUUCAUGGAGCUUGCGUGUGAAGGUUGCUCUUGACGCUGCCAAAGGGCUUGCGUUUCUGCACAGUGCUGAAAAUAAAGUGAUAUAUAGAGAUUUUAAGACUUCGAAUGUCUUGUUGGAUUCUGAUUAUAAUGCAAAGCUUUCUGAUUUCGGGUUGGCAAAGGAUGGUCCAACCGGUGACAAAAGUCAUGUCUCCACCAGGGUAAUGGGAACCUACGGAUAUGCUGCCCCUGAAUAUCUAGCCACAGGUCAUCUUACUACUAAGAGUGAUGUCUAUAGUUUCGGAGUUGUCCUGCUUGAAAUGUUAUCCGGUAAGAGGGCAGUUGACAAGAAUAGACCGUCUGGACAACACAACUUGGUGGAAUGGGCUAAACCGUAUCUGGCGAACAAACGUAAGAUUUUCAGCGUGAUAGAUAGUCGGCUCGAAGGGCAGUAUUCAGCAGACGAGUCCUUCAAGGUAGCCACCCUUGCUUUGCGAUGCCUAUCGACAGAAUCCAAGUACAGGCCCAACAUGGAUGAAGUUGUUAAUAUUUUGGAGCAGCUGAAGGUACCUAAUGUGAAUGUAGGAAAUCAAAAGCGAUAUCGGAGAAAAAGUGCUGAUGACGUUAGCCAUGCAAAGGACAACACAUCUGGUGCUAAUUCGAAGAGUCACAAUGCUUAUCCGCGUAUCACAUUGUCUCCUCUCUAUACCUGAAACUGCAGAUACAACAAUCUUCAAACAUGGGAAGAACUGUGGCACCUCUGUAGGUAAUAGAAUGUACAUAUCAUAUUUCAGAGCCAAGCUUCUCAUAACAUUUCUAGGUGAGAUUGCUAAUGUUUAGCAAUUAAUGUUGAGUGUAUUCUGAAAAAUUACAAAUCGAGAUUAACGAUUUAGAUAAAAACAUUGUCCUGAAUAGAACAUUACGGGAAAAGUUGAUCCAUGAUGCCAUUUCAUGCUUGGUUUCAUGUUUUCAUGAUUAUGUGAGUAUAUAGAAGUUAGGUAGAAAGUCAUAGAUGCAACUGUAGUUAAUUGUGUUAUUUGUGUUUGAGUAGAGUGAGUGAGAGGUAAAGUCAAGGUUACCCUACUAGAUUAUGAUGAGGUUGCAAAAUCUUUUGACUUGGAUAAUACUCCACUACACAUGAUUUUGUAUGUUAGUAUUUAUUAAUUUGUACCCUUUAUCACA